AAAUUGCAUUAUCCCGAAGUCUUAGGCAAGCCGUUAACUGUGUUUCCAAUCAAAACUACAAUCAUUACAGAGACAAGAGAGAGAUGAAUCAAAGCUACAAUCAUUUCUUCAGAAUAAGGUUUACCCGAAUGCACAAUGCACACUAAUCCAGAUCGACCUCUAUCUCAGCGGCCGCUACCGCUGAAGGACCCAUCACCGCAACCCGCGGCGGAGGCUCCGCCAAAUUCUGAUGUUCAGCCUAAAAAUCCCGAUGCCAUCUUGAGCGGCAGCGGAACCAGCUUGCUGACUAGAGAUAAGAAUGCGAGGAUAAGGUAUGGAUAUUCCAGUUUCAAGGGUAAGCGUUCGACCAUGGAGGAUUAUUAUGAGAUAAAGAUAUCAGAAGUCCAGGGUAAAAUGGUUGCCCUUUUUGGCGUUUAUGAUGGGCAUGGCGGGUUCAAAACUGCGGAGUACCUUAAGAAGAAUCUCUUUACUAAUCUCGGAAGCCACCCCAAUUUUAUUAAAGAUACAAAGUUAGCUAUUGUUGAAGCAUUCAAACAAACUGAUACGGAGUACCUCAAUGAGGAGAAAGGUCAACAGAAAGAUGCGGGUUCGACUGCAUCAACUGCUGUCCUCGUACAGGACAAGAUCUUUGUUGCAAAUGUGGGAGAUUCUAGAGUUGUUGCUUCUAGAGCCGGCUCAGCUAUUCCAUUGUCGAUUGACCACAAGCCUGAUAGGACUGAUGAACGUGAACGGAUUGAAAAGGCUGGUGGUUUCAUCGUUUGGGCUGGAACAUGGAGGGUUGGUGGGGUUCUUGCUGUUUCUCGAGCAUUUGGAGAUAAACUUCUUAGACCAUAUGUAGUGGCGGAGCCUGAAAUUCAGGAAGAAAAAAUUGAUGGUGUAGAUUUUCUUAUAAUUGCCAGCGACGGGCUAUGGAAUGUCCUCUCAAAUAAGGAUGCUGUACAUAUCGUGCAAGGCAUACCAGAUCCUGAAGCAGCAUCAAGAAAACUGGUGGAAGAAGCCUAUGGCAAGGGCAGUUCUGACAACAUCACCUGUUUAGUCGUUCGAUUUGAGAACUGACGAUCAGACAACAACAUCGUAUCGAUUGUUCUUUUUUCUUUUUUCGAUUAAAGCCCGUGAUUGUAGGAGUAUGUUUCUUUAUUGCAGAUUUGAUCAGUAUGCAACAGCAUGCUACUGUUUCUGGUUGUAUUUUCAAACAAUCUUUGUCAUGUAAUUUCGGAGCUAAAACAGUUUCUCCACUGCUUCUGGUAUUAACUGUAAAUCAAUUGAAUAGAGUUAUGUUUCCAUAUUAUUCAGAAAUAUAUACAGUUUAUAAUAA